AACCAAUAUGGCAGACGACGUUUGUGUAGAAGUUUGGUCACCGAUUUAACUUUGUUCUCUGUUGACAUUCAUACAUAUGCAUAAACAUCAACUGGAUGUUGCUGCGAUGCUGGUGUUCAUGUUUUUCAACUUUUCUUCCCAUGCGACAUGAAACUGAAGUUCCGAGUGCUUGUCCUCAGCUGUAUAAUCUUCAUGGUGAUAAUUUCAUUGAAAAUCUUGGAGCCUGAGAUUGGCAGUCACUGGACAGGUAAUAAAGAUUUGCGUUCCCACGACGAUGAUGAAGUGGACAUUGUGGUGGAAGAGCUUAUCAAGAAGUACAGGGUGGACUAUAGAUACAGUCUGAGAGAAUCACCCUGGCUGAUUGCCUCACGAUGGGUCACCAUGUCAAACAUACUGCUAGACAACCCGCCAGAACUAGGAGGAGUGCUGCGAGAAAUGGCCACAAGGGAGAUAAUCUCAGCUGAUGUUGGUUACAGAGGGACACAGCUGAAGCUUCUGUUAGUACUGAAAGGUGGCCAGAAGGUUGCAUUUAAACCUAUGUGGUACACUCGAGAUUAUUUGGUGACCGGGCCUCCCUAUGGUGGUGCUGAUAGACACAAUGGAGAAAUUGCCUCGUUUCAUCUUGGCAGAAUUCUAGAAUUCAGAAGAACUCCACUAGCCGUUGGAAGGAAAAUAAACCUCGAGAAAGAAAUAAUGCCAGUUAGUACACCAGAGCUGCUUAAAACAUUCUUCGUGAAAGACAAUGACACCUGUUUCUAUGGAAAGUGCUACUACUGUAAAGGACCAGCUGAUGGUGUCUGCGCCGAUGGCGAUGUGCUAGAAGGAACGGUGGUGUUGUGGCUGCCCACUCAUCUCAAAUUAAAGGCACAUAGACACCCAUGGGCCCGGCGCUAUUCGGAAGGGAAAAAAGCUCCCUGGGAGGAGAACGAUAAAUACUGUACGUUGGUCAGACAGAUUGAACUGUACAAGAAGACUCGACUUCUGCUGGACAUUGUUGAUACAGCCAUCUUCGACUAUCUCAUUGGCAAUGCCGACAGGCAUUUGUAUGAAACGUUUGCGGGACACAAUGACAGCAUGCUCCUAAUAUUGGACAAUGCUAAGAGUUUUGGUAAUCCACAUGUGGAUGUAUUUGAUAUCCUGUCCCCUCUGAAACAGUGUUGUAGUGUUCGAUUUUCCACAUGGCAGAAACUGCUGGAACUACAGAAUGGAAUUCUCAGUAAAGUGUUGCGUCAAGUUUUGUCUCAGGAUCCAGUGGCGCCAGUCAUCACUGAACCAUACCUUGAAGCUCUGGACAGAAGACUUAAACAUAUAAUUGUGGAAAUAGAACAUUGUGCAAACUCUUACGGAAUGAGGAGUAUAGUUAUGGUAGAGAGUUAACGAUAGCUCUCUUCGUAUCUAAGCAUUUUGUCUUCCUGUUGCCAAAAGAUGAAUUUAAGUUUCUACUGAUCAGUGUUAUUGAGGUUAGGCAAUUUCACAUGUUCCUAUUUGUGCUUAUUAUGGGAUUUUGUGGUACAUUUUUCUGUACAAGCAGUUGUAAAAUUGGGUUUAUACUAAUGGAAGAAAAUGUAGAGUUUUUAUUUUGUACAAAUCAAAUGUUUUAUGAAUAUUCAUCAAAAGUAUGUUUGAGAAUUUUAUUUUUAUUUUUUUUAAAGUGUGUGCAAGCGCAUCUGUGUGUGUGUGUGGGCAGUCAUCAAUAUUGGCUAUGCAAGUUGCGAAGAUCGCUACACAAUUCUAAAAUUUAUAAUAGUUGUUGAAUAAAAAUAGUUUUAAAUAAAAAAUGUUUCCUGAUGGAUGUAGAUGUACAAGCACUAGAUGGCCGUGAGGUUACUUAAUCUCCUGUACAAGGCUUGGCCGUAAGGUAGCUUAACCUACUGUACUAGACUCGCCAGUGAGGUUGGUUAACACACUGUACAAGGCUCGGAUGUGUGGUUGCUUAAUCUCCUGUGCAAGGCUUGGCCGUGAGGUUGCUUAACCUGCUGUACAAGACUCUGCCGUGAGGUUGCUUAACGCACUAUACAAGGCUUGGAUGUGUGGUUGCUUAACCUACUGUGAAAGACUUGGUUGCAUGGUUGCUUAACCUACUGUACAAAACUCGGCCGUGGUUGCUUAACCUGCUAUACAAGACUCGGCCGUGCGGUUGCUUAACGCACUAUACAAGGCUCGGCCAUGUGGUUGCUUAACGCACUGUACAAGGCUCGGCCAUGAGGUUGCUUAACGCACUGUACAAGGCUCGGCCGGGUGGUUGUGUAACAGACCAGUGGAAAGUCUAUUAUUGUCUGUAAUGAAAUAGACUAGUGGAAAGUCUGGGUUAUUUUUACUGGCUGCAAUGAAUUUCAUUAUGUGCAUUAUACGGUCGCACGUGCAUUGCGAGGGCAGUGAUCUCCAGCCAAUGGGAGACGGCUGCACUGCAGUGAGAGACAAAUAAAAGCGGUUAGCGACGAGUGUUCGGGGUCUUCCGCUGGGAACGUGAUUGGGUCGGUAGGUAAAACAGUACGAGUAAAUGUUAGGUUAAUUGGGGCUGGGGGUGGUCGUAAUUUACUGUAGUUGUUAUUUAAUACAUUCGACAGUGAACACUGCGAAUAUAUGUUAUGUUUUGUGUUUUGAUAAUUAUGUACUAAAUAUUAUUUCAAUUGGUGUUUGUGUUUUAUUACAUGUAGUAAUUACGGCAGCUGCGUGGAUGAGCGCCCGUGAGGGAGCCUUCAUCUCCUGUCGACAUUCACUUGUUGAGGGGAGAUUGACGCUCACUCGUGGCUGUUCCGUCCUCGUUGAUGGUCUUAUUAUUGUUGUUCUAGAUUUAGGACGGUUACAGUUGCUUAACCUACUGUACAAGACUGCCGUGAGGUUGCUUAACCUACUGUACAACUCGGACGUGGGGUUGCUUAACGCACUGUACAAGGCUCAGCAGCGUGGUUGCUUAACCUACUGUACAAGGCUCGGACGUGAGGUUGCUUAACGCAGCUUAACCUGCUAUACAAGACUCGGACGUGAGGUUGCUUAAUGCACUGUAGAAGGCUCGGCAGCGUGGUUGCUUAACCUGCUAUACAAAACUCGGCUGUGAAGUUGCUUAACCUACUGUACAAGGCUCGUAUCUGACAGGGAGUGGGCAUCAAAUGCUGCUCAAACUGAACAAUAUGCUUUCUGGUAAUCUGUUUCACAGGCAGCUUUUGCUUUCCACCUUAGUUUUCACAAUAAUUAAUAUUUCUUAUACACCUGGGAAGGGAUUACCUGUUGUACAUCAAUAUUGUCUUCAAAAUAUGUUGUAGGUCACUUCUGAUACUUGUGAUUGGCUGUUCCAGAGGUUGUGACCCAAGUGUCCCUUGUAACAAACGGACGACAUCAUUUUAUUGUGUCAUUCAUGUCUAGGACGUAAUUAACUUACACUUUCAACCUAUUGCUGAAUCUUUUUGUUUACUGUUUUCCCAUUAAACUAUAUUAAACAUGUUGUAAGAUAAAUCAUCUUCAAUGGGUAUUCUCUAUAUAUCCUGAAAUCCUUAUUUUUAGAAGUGAUGUAUUUAAAUCAAAAAAAUUUCCCCGUUUGUCUUAAGUUUUCCACCAUGCUGUUGAAAACUUUCCACUGCAAGUCUCAGUUGUCUAAUUUCCAAUACAAACCACUUUUUAGAAAUUAAUGCUUCUUAAUUUAUAACAUUCACUUCUAAACUCAAAUUUGAAAAGCAAAGAUUGCUUUCCUCUUUACAAAAUGAGUUUCAAGCCAUGUAUGUAUGUCUGUUAUAUAUUUGACUGUAUUGAGAAGUCUUCCAUGAAUUUAUCAAAGCAAAAUAUAUAUCAGUACUAUGUUGUAAUCAGUUUACAGAAUGCUACAUUGUAUCUGCUGAUCAUUCGUGUUCCAGUUGGUAACAUGGUGGAUUAUUUUACUACCUCGAGUUUUCAUGGACAUUAAUUUUUCUGCUAUUAUAAUUUUUUCAUUGGUGAUACAUUAUAUCAAAACUUUAUUGUUGACUUUUUUUAGUGCUACUGAAAACUACAAUUUUUAUGGUAUGUUAUUAUGAUAUUUGUUCAAACUAAUGCCCACUGUAAACAAAAGGCAUUGCUGAAAACAGACUAAUCAUGAAUGAUGGAAUAGGAGAAUGAUGCUGUCCAGUGUAUUUUGGGAACCUAAGCAUUCAAAGAUUGUUUUCAGUGUGAAAACCAUGACAUGUGGUAAAUAUUUAUCUUUCAUUAAGCAUGCAGUGCAUCCUCUGAAGUAUACACUAUUUUUGUUUUGUAUUUCUGUAUUAAAUUAAGAUUUUAAAACUCUACAUGUCCAUUUGUUCAAAUAUUGAACAUAACUGAAACAUAAUGUUUUAUUACAAACAAGGUCCAUGUUUUAGUGGACAAUUAUAUUUUAAUGUUGAAAUAAAUUUAUCAAAUUGA